AAAAGACAAAGACAACCGAGCGGCAACGGAAGAAGAGCAAGAGAGCAGGCCAAGCUUGAGCAUCAAAACGCGGAGUUUCCAAAACAGAAAACACUCUCUUCCAUCGUUACAAUAAAUUUACUUCAUCGUUAAGUUUCAACAAAUUCUACCGACAAGUCUCUCGUCUCUAUCUCUAUUCCCUUCCUUAAAUAUCCUUCUCCUUUAUAAAUACUCCGCCCUUCCCAUCGAUAUGCGUACUAUCAGAACCUCCUCUUCUUCGUCGUCGUCGUCGGUGAGUUUCCUUUUGCUUGCGAUUCUUCUAAUCAGAAUGGCUGAAUCCGUCACUCCUCCCGCGGUUGACUCGUCCAAAGCGGCGGUUCAUAUUGUGUACACUGAAAGACCACAGGAUGAGGAGCCUGAGGCCUAUCAUAUCCGAACCCUAGCCUCAGUUCUCGGCAGUAAUGAAGCUGCAAAGGAGGCUUUGGUGUACAGCUACAAGACCGCUGCGAGUGGUUUCUCUGCUAGGCUAACCCCCGAGCAGGUUGAGCAAAUCUCAAAACAACCUGGCGUUCUUCAAGUUGUCCCCAGCAGGACACUUCAGCUGCAUUCAGGACCUGGGAGGCUGCACUGAAUCACAUAAGAACUCUCUAAUACUCUGUUGUGACUGAAUAAAUAUUUUAUCAAUUAGUAUUCCUGUGCAUAAACAAAUUUGUGUUGAGCUUGUGUUCCUUCUGCAAUGUAUUGGAUUCUAAGAAAGCUUUGGAUCUAAAUUUCAUAUGUAAUUUACAAAUGCAUCAAUAUUAUAAUGGUUCCCUUCUACCCCUUUCA